AUGGGUAUUGAAGAUAUCGUUUUACAGGAAUUGCUAAGCAUAUGGCAGCAUAAACUGGAUGAUAACAAUAACAACAAUCCAUCAAACGAUGAUAAUAACAUUCUACAGUCUUUGAUUAAUCAGCAGCAGUCAUUACAACAACAAGCAACUUCUUCAACCAAUUUCAAGCAAGAUUCAAAUAAAAUAAGCCUCGAUGAUUUCGACGAUAAUAAGGAUUCUAAAUCAAAUGAUAAGAUUAAAGAGAUGGAUAAUGACGAUGACAACGCUAUAAACUCAGAUCUAGACGACGACGACGACGACGACGAUAACGAUUUGGAUUCUAAUGAUGAUAUAGUACUCUGCUUAUACGAUAAAGUACAAAGGGUUAAAAACAAGUGGAGAAUGCAACUAAAGGAUGGUAUUAUAUCGAUAAACAACAAAGAUUACUUAUUCUCAAAGUGCUCUGGUGAAUUCGAGUGGUAA